AGGCUAAAAGUAGACCCAAUCUGGGGUACAACUGAAACAGAGUUCAACAACACCCACCAGUGAACUGGUUGCCUGCAUCUUGCCUGAAUCCAAAGGGAAAGGGAGCCGCCUGUGCACCACCACCACCUGCUUCUCUCCUAGCGGCUUUCAAUUGUGCAAGAAUCUCAUCGUAGUUCUAAACAGUCAUCAAAACCAUCGAUAACCACCACAACCGUCUCCAACCACCAACUACCGCCGUCGCCAACACUAACCACCAGCAGCCGCCACCAAUAUCAAACCACCGCCUAUCUCUCUCUCUUUAAAUCGCAACCGCCAUUAGCAUCAUCUUCAUCAGAUCUGAGCAAAACCCUAGAUUAGAGAAAACCGUUAGUGUAUAAACUCCGGCGGCCAGAUCUGAAACAUCUGGCUGCCGUAGAGUUUAUCCGGAGAGUGUUGGUGGUGGCGGCAAGUGUAGUGUGAGAGAAAAACAGUGAGUACGCCGCUAACUCUCAAAAGGUUGUCAAAUCGCUUGCUUAAACCCUAGACGACAAGAGGCCCCCAAUUUUCCGACCUAAAUCUGCAAAGAAAGAUUUUUUGAGCCAUCAUCGUUUGCCCUAAAUCUGAUUGGGGAAUUGCAUUCUACCUUGCAGCAGCAGCAGCAGCAGCAUUAUAAUAUGGAGAAUCAAAAUCCAACAACAACUCAAACCCUAAAUUCUGAUAUCAUCAGCUCCCUUCCUCUAAACAUUAUAGAAUACAUUCUUACUCGUAUGCCACUCCGAGAUGCACUGAGAACCAGCGUUUUGUCAAAGACAUGGCGGUAUACUUGGCGGGGCAUGCCCAAACUUGUAUUUACAGACGAUAUGGUUACAAUGUCAUCUAAUCAUCUUUGCAGAGAGUUGAAGAAGUAUAAGCUUGUCAAUGCCAUCUUCCAUGUUUUAAUGUUACACAACGGUCCGGAGACACUAGUGUUCGACUGUUCGGUUGGUAAACUUCAUCUGGAGUCUGACAUUGCCUUAAUAAUAAGUUAUCUUGCAAGGAGAACCAAAGUGAAAAAACUCUUCUUUGGUAGUGAUGAUAGAUCCUACAAGCUACCCGUUUCUUUCUUUUCGUUGCAAGGAUUAGAAUGUGUACAUCUCUAUGAUUGUAUUUUGGAACCCCCAUUGACGUUUAACGGAUUUAGUUCGCUGACGAUCUUUCGUAUUUGGGAUGUUGAUGUGUCUGCUCAAAAGCUUCAACAGUUUCUCUCGAAGUGCCCACAGCUAGUGAAUCUCCGUUUGGCUGGAUGUCAAAAAGGCAUUGACUUUGUAGCAGGAGAAAACAAGUUUACAUUUGGUGAUCUUUUACAGUGUGUGCCUUUGAUUCAGACUUUGAACAUCUCAAAGUAUUAUAUGAAGUACUUGUGUGCAGGUGGCAUGCCACAUAAGCUUCCAACUUCACUUGCUCAUCUCAAAGAUCUGUUUUUGGAUGUGUGCUUGGUGGAACAAAACGAGAUUUCUUCUGCCCUUUGUAUCAUCAGGAGCUCCCCUGUGUUGCAGAAAAUUAAGUUUCUGAUGUCUGAUAAUGAGAAGUUGCCUGUUCAACAAACUCCCAGCAACUUCCUUGAUCCAGAAGACUAUCCAGAUUUGAAGUUGGAUUAUCUUGUGACAUUGGAGAUAGCAAACUUUAGUAACUUACCUCUUGAGAUGAAAUUUGUGAAACUCAUCAUGGCCAAGUCACCUUUGCUAAAGAAUGUGAAAAUUAAGCUAAAUGACAAUGUUUCCGUUGACGAAGAAAUGAAGAUGCUUAAAGAUAUGCUACGGCUCCCAAUUCUGCGGGCAUCACCUUGUGCUGAAUUGAUCAUUGAUCGCCCAUAAACUACUUUGUAAAGGAUGUUAUUUUGAUGAAGUAUUUAAUUUCCUUCAUUAGGAUGUAAGAUUGUCAUCGCGGAAUGCUUUUAUGGACUAUAUUGUAUGUGUAAAUUCUCAUGAUGCAUGUUCCUUAUCUCUAAAUUAUAGACAGACUCCUUUUGUACUCCUUGUGGUCUGUUUUUAACACGUUUGUAAUGUUAGUUAUAUAGAUAUUAGUAGGCUUGUGAGCCUCCUCCAUUUGCUACAUCUAUAUGUGCAAAUUUCCGAUCUUUUGAA